CAUGCAGGUGUCUUCUUCUUCCUCUUCCCCAACAACAUUUGGCGAAAUCGCACGCAAGAAUUUCCAUAAAAAUGGUUGGAUUAACGCCCGCUGAUAAGAAAGCGCUCAUAACGCGCAACCUGCAGGAGACUCUAGGCGAUGACAAGCUCACGAAGAUCCUCGGAGAGCGGGAUCUGAAGAUCUACUGGGGAACGGCGACGACGGGCAAACCACAUGUCGCCUACUUCGUGCCCAUGUCGAAGAUUGCCGAUUUCCUGAAGGCCGGCUGCGAGGUCACCAUCCUGUUUGCCGAUCUGCACGCCUACCUGGACAACAUGAAGGCGCCGUGGUCCCUCUUGGAGCUGAGGACCCAGUACUACGAGCAGGUUAUCAAAGCCAUGCUGAGCUCCAUUGGAGUUCCUCUUGAGAAGUUGAAGUUCGUCAAGGGCAGCGACUACCAGCUUUCCAAGGAAUACACCCUCGAUGUCUACAAACUAAGCUCGGUUGUGACUCAGCACGACGCAAAGAAGGCCGGAGCUGAGGUGGUCAAGCAGGUGGAGUACCCUCUGCUCUCUGGAUUGCUUUACCCAGGACUGCAGGCCCUGGACGAGGAGUACCUGAAGGUGGACGCCCAGUUUGGUGGCGUGGAUCAGCGUAAGAUCUUCACCUUCUCCGAAAAGUACCUGCCCCAGCUGGGCUAUGAGAAGCGCAUCCACUUCAUGAACCCCAUGGUGCCUGGUCUGGCUGGUGGCAAGAUGUCCUCCUCCGAGGAAGACUCCAAGAUCGACCUGCUGGACUCGCCCGCCAAUGUCAAGAAGAAGUUGAAGAAGGCCUUCUGCGAGCCCGGAAACAUUGCCGACAAUGGACUGCUAUCCUUCGUGAAGCACGUCCUGUUCUCACUUUUUAAAGAAGGAGAAGGAUUCGAGGUCAACCGAGAGGCUGAGCAUGGUGGCGAUGUUACCUUCCUGAAGUACGAGGAUCUGGAGAAGUACUACGCUGAAGACAAGCUACACCCAGGUGAUCUGAAAGCCACGGUGGAGAAGUACAUAAACCGACUGUUGGAUCCCAUUCGCAAGGCCUUUGAGAAGCCAGAACUUCAAAAACUUAGUGCAGCUGCUUAUCCGCCACCGGCAAAGGUUAAGGCUGGAGCUGCUCCAGCUGCUGGCGCUGAUGAGGAUGCCCCCUAUCGUCUGGAUAUCCGCGUGGGCAAGGUUGUGGAGGUAGCUCGCCACCCCGAUGCCGACACCCUUUACGUCCUUAAGAUCGACUUGGCUGAGGAGCAGCCCAGGACAAUCAUCAGUGGCCUGGUCAAGUUUGUCACACAAGAGGAGUUGGAACAGCGACUAGUGACCGUUCUGUGCAAUUUGAAGCCCUCCAAGAUGCGUGGUAUUCUCUCAGAGGGAAUGGUUCUGUGCACCUCCAACGCCGAUCAUACUGUUGUUGAGCCCAUUAUAGUCCCGGCUUCAGCUGCUCCUGGAAGCCGGCUCGCUUUCGAAGGAUUCAGUGGCACGCCCGACGAGCAGCUGAAUCCCAAAAAGAAGGUAUGGGAAAAGCUCUCCGUCGACUUUAAGACAAACGGCGAUGGCUUGGCCGUGUGGAAGGACAACUUCUUGCUGACGCCCGAGGGCGAGAAACUUUCCAGCAAGCUGGCCAACUGUUCUAUUAAAUAGGUCUCCACGUACCAGCCUACCUGAGCCGUGUAAUACUUAUUAAGCCGAAUGUUCACAAGCUGCUAAUUUAUUAAUUCCUUCUGAAAAAAAUGCAUUUUUGUUAAAUAAAGCGCGCAAGUCUC